GCUUCUAACGCAUCCAUCUCUCCCUGCGUCUUACCAUUUCCUGUUCUUACCCUGCUUGCCAUCGCGAUUCGCAGCAUCCGUGGCUCCCGCCUGACUAUGCUGCGCUCCUCCUGUCAUUUCUGCUCGUCGUCGCGCCUGUCUCAAGUACAGAGUCUUCGUAUUCCGCUCCACCAGACCCGCCCGUAUACCCAGGCCCAGCGCGGCCGAGCAACCCCAUCCUAUCCCGCUUCCGCAUCCCGAAAACCUCCCUAUGCUUCUCGCCAUGAUGCUUCGGAUCGCCCUGCUGCUCCGCGGCGUGGAGGGCGCCCUCGCGCAUACGAUUCCCCCCGCCCCUCUCGAAUGAUCUUGUCAGACACGGUCGCUAGACCCUCCCGACCUUCACCAGAUGGAAAACCGCCUGUCCGGAAGAAGCGAGAACCGUUUUUCUAUCUCAACAGGACCAAGGUACCAGCCGAUUUGACGCAAGAACAAGACCAAAGAAGCAAGACCUCAGACUCGCGCUCACAUACGCCCUCCUCUGGCGGUCGCAGAUUCGAGAGAAGGCGGACGCCGCAGGAUGCAUUUCAUGCGCUCAAGAUGCAAAAGUCCCUGCAUGAGAUACCCUAUGGCUCCAGGAAGGCUAUCAAGUCGAGAAUCGAACAGGUUGAUUCUUUCGAGGGACUGCCACUUAUGGAUGUCGUUAAAAAAGCCAUCAACGAUGCUCUACCAGAUCUAGAGUACCGCCGCCCCACGCCUGCGCAGGCAGUAGCUAUCCCCGCAAUGAUGGGACUUUCGCACAAGAAAAGGACUAGGGGAGCCAUUCCCCAAAAGACUGGACUGGAAUCUUUCCUCUUAGCAGCCGAGACUGGCUCAGGCAAGACCCUGGCAUAUCUUCUGCCAAUAGUCGAUGCCAUCAAGCGCGACGAAGCUAUAGAGGCAGAGGAGAUCUUAGCCCAGGAGGCACAGGAAGCGGAAGAACGAAGGAACGGGCAAAAAGACGACCGUUUUGAAGUCGCUGCCCCAGCACUCAACAAGGCUACUGAUCCAGCACGCCCUCGGGCUAUCAUUCUCGUGCCUUCUGCAGAACUCGUAGCUCAAGUCGGUGCAGUCGCAAAAUCGCUAUCACACGAAGUCAAAUUCCGCACCGCACCGAUAUCAGCCAAGAACUCGGCGACAGUCAUUCGAAGCCGGCUCUUCAAUGAGAACGGCGUUGACAUCUUAAUCAGCACACCGCCCCUCCUCGCCAGCAUUGCAGAAAGCAACCCCAACAUCCUCGCCCGCGUUACGCACCUCGUCAUUGACGAAGCCGACUCCCUCAUGGACCGCUCCUUCAAGCCCUUCACCACCGAAAUCCUCGAACGCGCAACCCCAUCCCUCAAGAAACUCCUCAUGUGCUCUGCCACGAUCCCAAAAUACCUCGACAAGUACCUAGCAUCCGAAUUCCCGAACAUGCAACGCCUCGUCACCCCGAACCUUCACGCCAUCCCCCGUCGUGUCCAGCUCGGCGUCGUCGACGUAAACAAAGACCCUUACCGCGGCAACAAACAGCUCGCCUGCGCCGACACCAUCUGGCAAAUCGGCAAAGCCAACGCGGACUAUGACGCUAACGAAGGCCGAGAAGCCGUAGCUAUCAAACGCAUCCUAGUCUUCGUCAAUGAGCGCGACGAUACCGACGAAGUCGCGAAAUACCUGUGCAAAAAGGGUAUCGAUGCUAUGGCAUUCCAUCGCGAUACCGAUCCAUCCCGCCAAUCCAAACUCUUGGCUGAUUUCACUGGGUCUGCUAAAUCUUCCUCUUCUUCUUCCACCGCUGCUGUGGUGGAGAAAUCUACAGGUGCGGACGCUGGGAAAAGACAGCUGGCUAAUACCAAAGUCAUCGUCACCACUGAUCUCGGCUCCCGCGGUAUCGAUACCGUGGAAGUCCGCCAUGUCAUCUUGUACGAUGUCCCACACACCACUAUCGACUUUAUCCACCGUCUGGGUCGGACUGGUCGCAUGGGUAGGAGAGGGCGUGGGAUCGUGCUUGUGGGGCCCGGGGAUCGCGCCGAUGUUGUCAAGGAGGUCAGGGAUGCUAUGUUUAGGGGUGAAGCUUUGAUCUAG